AUGGCGGUUACAUACAAUCGCAUGAUUGGUCAAGGCAUCCCGGGUGUGCUGUCUGGGCAUCGUGAGCUGCUUACCACUUUGGCCAAUCCUGUUGUCAUCGCCACCAUUACGACUAUUCCUACGCUCAUCUUGGCCAUAGCUCUUCCGUAUUUCCUAUGGCCGAGUAAAGAAACGGCUACACUGCCUCUCCGCAGUCGUCGUGUUCUCAUGCUGAUAUUAGCACUGGGAUUGAUGCUAUGCCAGGUCCUAAAGCAUUCUCUUGAAAUCGAGCAAGUGGAUAUACUGGCGAUGCUAUUAACAGGCCCCCCAUUUCUUGCAGUUGUAGAGGCCUGCCUCGUCGCCGCAGCUCUUAGCAUGCGCCACACCCGCCAAGUACAGUCGUCGGUGAUUGUGGGUGGCUGUCUUUCACUGUCCGCCACUAAUGAUAUUGUGCGGCUUUACAAGUUCGCGCUAUAUUCAACGUGGAAAGAUAUCCUUCCUACGACGUUGACCGUAGCAUUGAAGCUAACGGAGAUUUUGUUGCUCGAGGUCUCACCUGAAGUCCCUCCGCCAACACAGCCGCUGGUUUCUGUGAAUCCCACCGGCAGCGAGAAUGGUGGCUUCUGGAAUCAGAUAAUGAUGCUAUGGCUGCCCAAGAUGCUUCGUUCAGGUUUCAGCGGCCAAGUCACGUUGCCUGCGAUGUCGAGUCUCGGGCCAGACUUCGAUUCUAAGACUCUGGCUGCAGAGUUUGAACCAAUUUGGACAUCAUGCAACAAAACGAAACGACCAGCGCUGCUUCGAGCCUGCACACGAGCUCUGCGACGGUUAUUCUGGCUCAGCGCCAUUCCCAGAGUGCUCAUGGCCGUUUUUAAGCUUGCUAUUCCAUUUCUAAUUCAAGAAAUUUUUAUAUCUUUUGAGCCAGCGCGCCGCGACACAUGGAGCGCCGAGAGUUUGAUCCUGACAACAGCGGUUAUUUACCUCGGAUAUGCAAUCUCUUCUGCACUCUAUGAUUACUGUCUCAGACACUGUGUUAUAAAUCUGUACACUAUUCUCACACAUGAAAUUAUCACCAAGACGACACGACUGGAUCAGGUCGAAGCUCAGGAUGCUGCGGUACUUGACCAUCUAUCAACUGACGUCGACGCAAUCGUAGAAAACUUUACGUCUUGCUUUGAUCUGGCAGCCAAUCUUUUGCAGGCGACCACCGGUGUCUAUUUAUUAACAAAAAUGAUCGGCUAUGCAGCACUAUUGCCGCUCAUUGUCGCUGCGAUUACGCUCUUUACUCCAAUGAUCCGUAGAGGAAUGAUAGAUGAGGUCUUGCCGCCUUGGAAAGAAGCUGCCGAAACUCGAAACGCUGAAAUGCACCACAUGCUCUCUCACCGUAGCUGGUUAAAGAUAAUGGGCUUUGAACAUAUCAUGGGCCAAUUUCUCCAUGGCCUUUUUGAAAAGGAGAUGGACCUGUUUUGGGCACUUCAAGAUACGCGGGCGCUGAUUACCGCAUCCCGCCCACUCAGCUACUGGAGCACAUACAUGGUCACCAUGAUUGGGGCCUUGGUUUUGACACGGUUCAAGUAUGGUCUGCAGCCGAUGCCGGUCGUCACCGUACUUGUGCUUCUCAGUCCGGUUACUACCCCGAUCUCAUCCAUCUUCACCACCGCUUCACAACUCAAUGCCCUGCUCGCGCACUUUUCCAAUAUUGAGAACUAUUUGUUAUUGCCCGAGAGAAUUGAUGGCCGCAUCAUUAGGGACUUUGCACUUGGUGAUAAGUGCCGACGCAAGGUUGUGUAUAACGACGACUCCAGUAAUGAAUACAGCGACGAGUACAGCGACGAGUACAGCGAUGAAUCCAGCUAUUAUUCUAGCGACGAAGAGCACAGCGAAUUCACCGACGCGGAAGAAGACGAAGUGGAAGAGGCCUUCAAACAACGUUGCUUUUCUCUAACAGACGUCACUGUCGUAGCCAGAGACUCAGAUAGGCUGGUGUUGGAUCGCUUACACUUUUCCAUUGCCAAAUCUACUGUGGUUAUGGUUGUUGGCCCUCCCGCUUCAGGCAAAUCGACUCUACUAAAGGCCUUGAUGGGAGAGGCGAACCUUGAAAGAGGAACCAUUCAAAUGGCUGACCAACAAAUUGCAUUCUGCGACUAUGACUCAUGGCUUCCAAAUGAGACGGUUAGAAACAUCAUUAUUGGAGGAUGCAAGUACGACCCAGAACGCUACAGAUCUGUUUUGGAGGCUUGCGUUCUCUCGGACCAUGAUAAUAUGUUUCCAGGUGAUAUAAGCGCUGGUAUAGAUAGUCAGAAAAUUGCUAGCCCCGUGCGGCAACGAAUUGCCCUUGCUAGAGCUGUCUAUUCCUCGGCUCCUACGAUAAUUAUAGACGAUAUACUCCAGGGCCAAGAGCGUGAGACGGGCGUUUUCAUGUUUGGAGAGCUCCUUGGGAGUACCGGACUUCUCAAAGAGCAAGGCAGAACAGUCAUCGUGGCUACUGAGAAUAGCGACUGGAUCUGGCACGCUGAUCAAGUAAUUCUCACUCGAGUGAACGGUCGCGCUACCUCACACAGUGUGCCUGAGGCUAUCAAGCUGAUGCCCAAGCUGAAACAGCCAAUAACGCCUACGAAACAGCUGAGAGAACCCCCAAAAGAAAACAUGUUGGAAAAAUUGAACGGUUUUCAAGACGACUACGACUUGAUGCGACGUUCAUCUAACGAUGCUAACCAAUGGUCAUUAUUUGCGUUCUACUACAGUUCUAGUUCUAGACCAGUUAUUUUCAUCGUCUUUGCCAUUGUUUUCCUUCUUGGGGCUCUGGAAACCUCGCCCUUGGUUUAUACGAAGUUUUGGCUUGAAUCGCGUCCUGCAAACAUGCAGAGCUAUCUCGUGCACUUGUUCACCGUCCUUGGCAUUGCCAUUGCCAUCAGUAUUGGAGCGACUUGGAAAUGCAUGGUCAAAAUGACGCCGUCUUCGGCUCUAAAUAUGCACAAAAUCUUCAUAACCACGCUCAUGAAUGCCUCUUUUGGAGCCAUGACUUCUCCCGAGAAUUCCACACUGUUGCACAAUUUCAACAGAAGCAUGGGCCUCUUUACUCAUGAUAUACCUGAAGCUGUGUAUCAAGUAUUUUAUGGUUUCGGCCUUGUCGUGGCAAACGCAGUGGUGAUAUCCAGCGGAGCAACGUACGCUGUUGUUCUCAUCCCAGUAAUUCUAGUUCCCCUGUACAAGCUAAUGGUAUUUUACGGCUCGGCAUUGCAACGCAUCCACAGAAUGGACACAGGCACGAAGGCAGCACUCUACCUUGAUGCCUACGAAAUGGCUCGUGGUCUCGGCACCACUCGGUCCGGCGGAUUACUGACCGUCAUAAGGGAUCAAAUUAUGCGCCGGGUUAGACGUACUCAAGUGGCAGUCCACUACGCGUACUGCGCUAAGCAGUGGCAGUCAUUGAUUGUGAACUUUGCUGCAGCAAUCGUUUCUACUGCAUUCGUUUCGAUUUCCUUACUAUGCAAGGGAGCUGUCUCUCCGACGAGCCUUGGGUUGGCAAUGGUAGCGAUGACAAGCUACUCCGAAGUCAACUCUAACCUUGUCCGUCGAUGGGCUAGGAUGCAUAGGAGCUUAGGCAUGGUCCAUGUUCUCAAGACGUUUAUCGAGACAACUCCUCCAGAGCCCGCCUUUGAUACAACUAAAGCUAUGGAACCGGACUGGGAAAACGACACAACUAUACAGUUCACCAAAGUGUCUGCUAAAUAUAGCUCAAAUGAAGACUCGCGGGAGGUAUUGAGGAAUAUUAACCUCACGGUUCCAAGUGGAAUCCACUUGGUGCUGAGGAGAAAGUACAGAAUCCGUGCCUCAUUAACAUCUUUGGUACUAACGUUGCUACGCCGUCUAAAUUAUAGAGGCAAAGUGAGCAUUGGUGGUAUCGACAUCAUGCAAAUACCUCCAGAAGCACUCCGCCGCAAGAUUACCGUCCUUGCUGAGGACCCCAUGGAACUUCCUGGAACUAUCUUGGAUAAUCUCUUCCCAUUCAACCACAGCCUCUACAACGAUGGAAAGCCGUUUGAGCUGCCCAGCGAGGAAGUCAUUAAGCAGACAUUGCGAGAUGUUCAGCUCUGGGCCAUUAUAGACUCGGCAGGAGGACUUGAGACGCCGAUGAGGGACAUUGACCUUUCAGAUGCUCAAAGGGAGCAUCUCAGCAUUGCUCGGGCCAUUCUGCACCGCCGGGCAACAGGAAGCGCGAUUCUGCUCAUGGACGACUGCCUUCGUGUCGAAAGGAGGACCAAUGUGGCCAUACACCAAGCGGUGAAUACAGCAUUCGCUGGGUGCACGCGCGUGUCCAUCCGUAAUCGCGGAUACUGGAUGCUGAGAGCCGAUCAGUUUCUCCAUUUAGCCAAUGGUACAGUCUGUAAUACUGGACUGGAUGUAUUACUAGCGUCGGACAGAGUAUUUCAGGAGGCCAGCGGAGGGCGGGGUCACUAUUGGGACUGCCUUGAGGAGUAGUAUCCCAAAUCCAACAUUUUCCAUGUCUCAAAUGUCCUAUGCAAUGUAAUCCCACAAGCAAGGCUCGGGGAAAAAGGUGUUCGUGGGUUGCGUUGCAUCGCGACACUCGGUAUGCAACCACCCUUAGCAUCUCGCACAUGAUAAGGACACGCUCAUGACACAGAAUUAAAUAUCCAUGGUGCUGUCUUCGUACAUUUAAAGUUGGUGCUGCUACUGGAACCAUACCCAAUCGAGACAUAUAAUACAACCCACACGCAUUGCUCAGUGACAGACAAGCUUUAUACACUUAGUACCUUUUUUGUCCUUGGCUUUUAGAGGCUAUCAAUAUUUUUUCUCAGAAGUGAUGGUCACUUAGCCCGGUAUAUUUAGAAGAAGAAACUCAUUUUAGCAAAUAUAUUUAAUAAAAUAAUAGUGAAGUCCAGUGUAUGCUUAAGAAAGCAAAUUACGUGUACAAUGAAGCACGAGGCAAGGAGGAGUAAAGUGCAAGCAGUGCAAACCCAACAAAACCAAGAUAAAUCAAAUACAAAGGACAAGCCAAAAAUUGCAAAAUCAUCCGCCUGUUCUACCUAUUCCGCCUAAGCGAGUGGAUCGACGAGGUCAGGCAGUGGCAGUAGUCCAACAACCUCAAGAUCGCAGUCGGCAGUCUCAACCAUGAUACUGGCGUUGCCAAAGAAGCAUUCCCUGACUACCUGUUGAUAGACAACUGCAGUCUCGUGAUCAAGUCUGCCACACGCAUCAUCCAUGAGAAGAAUGAAGUUUGAUGUCUGAAACUUGUGCAGUGCAGUCCGGGCAAUACUCACACCUUGCCGUUGGCCAUACGAGAGGUGCAGCUGGCUAAAGGCAGUAUCGUAGUAAUCACCCAAGGCAUCGAGUAUACCAAGCUGUGCCAAGAGAAACAUAGUGACAGUAUCUAAUACUCGUCCUGUAAUUUCUGGGUUACGCAGUUUGUAUAAGAAGAGGUUAUCCUCAACAGUGCCUGGCAGGUCAAAUGGCUCUUGAGUGAUGGUGGAGAUGUGUUUGCGAAGCUCUCGCGGGGGGAUCUCGCGAAUCUCGCGACCGGCAAUUUUGAUGGAGCCUUCGUACGGGAUUAAUGAUAAGAGAGCAAGUAAUAUGCGUGAU